AGACUCUGGUAUGGGACGCCGUCAGACAAGCUUCAAUGAGAGUCUUCCAGCAUUUAUAUUUGAUCCUAACCUGGAUGCACGUCAGAGAGCCAAAUUACUUGAAAUUGAGAUGAAUGAACAAGCAAAAACAGUUAAUGAUCUGAAAAUGCUGGGUGCAUCUGCAUCGACUAUAGAACAGGAAAUGCGGCGACUUCAGGAGCUAGAGGCAUUAGUUUUCCAUGACUUUAGACGAGAUGUGAUGAAAAAAUUGAGACGGCAAAGUGUCAAAGCAACCUCUAUGAAAGAUCGUCUUGGUUUGGGCCCUAAGACUCAAUUGAGAUCAAAGAGCUUCAAGGUUCCUUCACCCACAAUUGAAGUUAAAGAACCUCCAGUGAAUCGUGGCAGUCAUGGAAGCAUUGAUCAAGCAUCCAUUAGUGUAGACAGCUCUCCAUGCCACACAGCUAAUGAUCCUACAGGACAGAAAGUGAAGUUUGUGGAUGCAACUAGUCAAGGGUCUAAUGGCUGCCAUUAUCGUAGUCAUCAUCUAGUCAUUCCUGGCAGUCGUCACUGUCGGACUUGGAAAGCAGAUUUUGUACCACGAACGGCGCGUUUAUUAGGACGUAUACGGCGUCACUUAUCGUACACCAGUGGCUCUUCAGAUUCGUAUCCAAUAGAUGAUGCGGAUAACAGUGACGUUUUUCUUUCCUCCCCUGGUCGUCCCAGAACGCCAACACCAACUAAUGUGUCAGAUACAGAAACAGAAACAAUGACUAUAACAAACCAAAGCAGCAGUGACAACGUUGGUGGUGUUGACAGCAGAAGUGGUAGUGAUAAAUACUCUAGUGGCUCUGUACCAGUUAAUGAGAGUGACUGCAGACGCACUGCUGUACGUAGAAGAGAUGAAGGGGAAUACGAUGGAAGCACCCCAGGAACAGCAACAGGACCACUAUCAGGACACUCAAGUAGCCACAGCUCAGGUGCCAUUACUCCAGGAGGAUUAGGUUCUAGUAGUUCAGGAACUGUUAAACAACAUGAUCCCAGCAUAGAUUUAGAACUAGAUGUCCGAGUUUGCAUCAGUUCUGGAAUGUGCAAUUUGUACACACGCUGCAUUUCAAGAGACGAAGAAAAGAGAAUGAAGAAGGAAAGGAGCUUCUCAGGUGGCAUAUCUGAUACUCCUGGUAGUCCUGGAUCUGUCCGUAAGAAAAAUGAAGGUCGGCCAAACAUAUCCACAGGAAAGUUAAGAGCUCCACCACCUCCAUCACUUUCUGUUGCAGCAGAUACUGUGUUUUACAUUCCAGGCCUAGAUGUCAAGGUUCAUUAUGAAUCACAUAAUAUUCAUGAAGAAACUCCAGUUGGAAGUGGUGGAAUGUUUGGAGGAGUUGGUGGAGGUGGAAGUAGUGCUCAAUCUGAUAGUGCAGGUUGGUCACCAGCUGGUGCAACUGGUGGAAGUGGAAGUGGAAGUUUAGGUGCCACUUCUCGUAAAGGUGGCAUCGGUAGUGGAAUCAAGAGAGCUUCACUGUUCACAUGGCUUACCUUACAGAGUAUACAGAAAGAGACUACAGUGACCCCUAAUAUUUUAGAAUUCUUAGAAAUGGCAUUAGAACCGCUACCAUUACCUGAACCACAGCAGAAGUCGUCUGUAUCUCAAGAGCCUGAACCCAUGUUCAAUGUUGAAGUUGAUGCAGCUGCUGCAGUAGGUGGAAGUGGAGUGCCUUAUGUGUAUGCAUCAUUUCCUGUUGAUGUUGUAGUAUACUUUCACAUGCAACCAUCAACAAUUAGGUUCUCAUGUCAGCCAGUAUCUCGAGUUGAAUGUUUGUUACAGCUGCCAUCCCUUAAUUUAGUCUUCUCAUCAAAAAGAGCACAAGAUGGCACAGUUCCUGAGCUGAGCAGUAAAAUCCAAGAAACCAUUGGAGGACUGAGUGUAACAGGUGUUCUUGAAGACUUUUCCCUUUUUGUCUUCCAUCCUUAUGGUGGCAAACAGCGUGGAACUUCUGGGGCACCUUACUUGGGUGCAUCUCCCUUAUCGGCUCUAACUGAUAGUGAACGAAAAGAUUCCCUCAGUGUAAUGGUGGAAUUUGUGAAAUUCCACAUUUCUAGAUCUCGCAAAAUAAAUUUUGAAAGCAGCACCAAAAUGAAGGCAGCCAGCUUCACUGAUUCAGCAAAGGCUAAUGUUAGGUUUUCAACCAUAGUUGAUGUUGGUGCUGCUCAUUUCAAGUAUGACAUGCGGCGAUUAACAGAAAUCUUAGCUUUUCCUCGAGCAUGGUACAGAAGAUCAAUAGUAAGACGGCUGUUUUUGGGAGACUUUACAGGGGGAACAGUUGCCAGCGACUGGGAUGAAACAAGUCCUGCCCCUUCUGCAAGUGAAUCACCACCAAAUCAUAGUGCUCCUUUGAAAAGGCAGUCAUCAAGUUCUGUUGAAGGAACAGAUGCCAACCGUCGUGAUAAUGGUAGUUUAAGCAGUGGAAGUGGUAGUGGUCAGCCAACCCCAACCUUACCAGCCCAAACCCUUGGUACUGCUGGGGCUGGAAGUCGUGCAAGGGACAAGUUGCGCCUUAAUUUUGAUUCUGAUGUUAUAUAAGGAAGAGCCCAAAAUUAUCAGGUAAGACAGAUGGGCUAUGUGAGAAGACAUAGAGAAGGUACAGGAACAUGUAUGUCAUCUGACAUUAAUUCAACCAAGAGGAAAAA